GUCUUCCAUCCAUAAACAUGUUGUCUUUUAGAUACGUGGCUGUGUUUGCUUUAGCGGCUGUGGCUUUUGGUCAAGACUUCGAUUAUGAUUCUUCACCUCCAAGACCGGCUCCACACCGCGUCAAACCUAGUUACUCCGGACCAGCAGCACCAAGACCAACACCUGUACCAAUUUUGAAACAAAUCAACCGACACAACGAAGACGGUUCAUACACUUAUGGUUACGAAGGUGCUGAUGGUUCCUUCAAAAUCGAAACCAAACUCCCCACCGGGGAAGUCAAAGGCAAAUACGGCUACGUGGACGACACUGGCAAAGUCCGCGUCGUCGAGUACGGUGCCACCAAAUACGGCUUCGAACCAGCUGGUGAAGGCAUCACCGUAGCUCCCCCCACCCUCGUCGACGAAACCACCAACAAAGACGGAACCCUCAACCCCGAAUACGCUGGAUCGUACUACGACGACCAACCCCAAAUCCCCGCCAGAUCCGCCCCCGCGCCCCGCCCCCAGAUCCAACCCCAAUUCGACUUCUCAGGCCCUCAACAAUUCAGCCCAACCCCUCAAAGAAGCUCUGCCCCCGUUCCCCCCAGAGCUGUAAUCCCCGGAUCCUCUCCUGUCACCACACACAAUUUCGAAUUCGGGCCCUCGCCUCGCCCAGCGCCUAAAAGCUACGCCCCAGCGGCUCGCAGCUACGCCCCAGCCCCCAGACCAGCCCCAAGACCCGCCCCAGUGUCCUACGCUAGACCCGCCCCAAUUGAGGAAGAUUUCGGCGAACCAGAACAAGCCCCAAUUAGAAGCCAACCCAGAAUCACCUACGCCCAGCCUGCUCCACAAAGAAACCACAUUUCUGAGCCCCAAUUUGCCCCAGCUGCAAGGCCCGCCCCACAAUACGCCCCCAGGCCACAAUCCGCUCCUGUUGGACGUUCCGGGGGGAUUUUAGACCAGCUUUCGAAGGAUUAUGCUCUACCCCAAGGUGGAGCGGCCCCUUUGCACGAUAUUAGUUUUGGAUAUUAUUAAAUCUAGUUGCCAAACAUAAUGGUACAUCAUAUUGUCUGAGUUUUCGAACAAAUUUAUUUUUUCAUUUUUUUUAUAGAUGAUGUGAUGUAUUAUUAUUUAUUUACAGUAAGUAACAGUAAAGCGUAAUUUUCGGGUCAAGCUAGUCCUGUGGCAGAAAAUGUCCAUUCAGGAAAUCCCAGUUGAUAUUCAACUGUUUCUGCUAGUAAAAAACGACAAUCUUUCCUGCAAUAACUUACAUUAUGUCUAUUCUUUACUACCCUGUAUGUGAUAAGAAUGACAGUUAAAUUGCUAAAAACCAGUGCCAACAAUAAAAAUCAAGCAAAUUUAAUAGCAGAAUAUAAAUAAAUUUUAUGUUAUAAGAUUUGUAAAAAAUUGCUCAAUCUACCUAUUCGAAUUUUAAUACUAGGUUUUGUUUUGUAUUGUACCUAAAUUAAAAUUAUAAAAUUGUUUAUUUAGUAAUUACAUUCAAAAGUGUAAUUCAUUUGUUGUAUUAUGUAAAAAUAAUUUUAAUAAAAAUAUUUUCUACCACACUUAAA